CUGAUUUAACAGUUAAGAAGUAGAUAGUGAAGCGAUCAGUCGAGAAAAAUGAAAUUGUUUGUAACUUUUAUAAGUUCUUUGGUUUUGGCCAAUGCCUUGACCUAUAUACCAUCUCCUCAUCGUUUGCGCCGGGAUGUUAGUGAGUUAAGCUAUCAGUAUUUGCCUCCAGCAGCCGAUUUGCAAUUGUCCACCGAUUAUGCUAUUGAAAUUUUGGCUCAACCUGAGGAAACUCAAGAGUCGGCUGUUUUGACACAAGAUGGUUAUAAAUACAAGACAGUGCGUAAAUUGCGUUAUAAGAAGAAACGUGAUGUUUCCCAUUUGAAUUUGGCCUAUUUACCUCCCACACCACCAACAAGGGAAUACUUGCCUCCUGCUCAAAUCAAUGAUUUGUUACCUUCCUCCCCCUCAAAUGAAUAUUUACCACCUGUAGCUGAUGUAAAGCAAAUGGAAAUUGUUACUGAACCACCACAACCCUCUAAAGAAUACUUGCCCCCAGUAGAGAUUAAAGAACCCGAAGUUGUAACUGAAGCACCACAACCUUCCAUAGAAUAUUUGCCUCCUGUAGCCGAGAUCAAAGAAGCCGAAGUUGUUACUGAAACACCACAACCCUCUAAAGAAUAUUUGCCUCCAGUAACAGAAAUUGUCACCGAACCACCGCAACCAUCCAAGGAAUACUUGCCUCCUGUAGUAAAAGAAACUGAGGUGAUCACUGAACCUCCACAAAUUCCCACAAAUGAAUAUUUGCCACCCACUAAUGCGGGUGAAGACAUUUCCCUAUUGCCUUUAGAAACAUCUAGUGAACAAGUUGAAAUUGAAACUAAAGCUCCUGAAGUUGCAGCUCCUAAAGAAACUUCCGCUGAAGUUGUAGAAGCACCUCAAGAUUCUGCUGUGCUAGAAACUGAUGGUUAUCAUUACAAAGUACCCGAAAAAACACCAGAACUAUUUCCCACCAUCAAUCCCACCACCGAAUAUUUUCCACCCUUAGAGGAGGGUGUCGUCGAAGUAGAUGGUCCCACAAAUGGUGAAUCUGCUGUCUUAGAACAAGAUGGCUAUCAUUAUCGUUCCAUUAAACGUCGUUUCUAAUUGUGUAAUAUUGUUCCUAAAUCCAUCAAUCAAUUCAUUUGUUGCUACAAUUAGAUAUUAGUUAAUUAAUUCAUAUUAGAACUAUGAAGUACAUUAUCAUUAUUAUUUACCAUUAUAUACGAAUUUAAUUAAUUACAUCCACACGAACAUUUGUAUUGUAUCUAGAUUUUAUCUUUUUAUCGUUUUUGUUGUUAUUAUUUUUAUUGUACUACCUUCACGCAUAAAUAAACUGUGUUUUCAUAAAA